CUUUUUAGUUCUACUGUGAGAUAAUAUAAAACCCUAGAAUGAUCGAUUAUUAUAAGUUGAUCGGUAGUUUGUGUAAUCAAUUCGAUCAAUAUUCUCGUACGAACACAAUAUUAGGAUAUUCAAAGUUCGAAUUUGUUCUGUAUUAAGGAUGCCUCCGAAACAAUCAAAAGCGGAAUUAGCGAAGAAGCAGAAGAUUGUGGAAGACAAAACAUUUGGACUUAAGAACAAGAACAAGAGCAAGAAUGUUCAGAAGUAUGUGCAAUCACUUCAACAGAACGUACAGCCUAAACCCGAUGCUUCCAAACUGGCUGCUAAGAAAAAGAAAGAGGAAGAGAAGGCUAGAGAGAAGGAAUUAAAUGAUUUGUUUAAGAUUGCUGUUGUUCAACCGAAAGUACCUCUUGGGGUGGAUCCGAAGUCUAUAUUGUGUGAAUUCUUUAAAGCUGGUCAGUGUGCAAAAGGAUUCAAAUGCAAGUUUUCUCAUGAUCUGAAUGUACAGAGGAAGGGUGAGAAGAUUGACAUCUUCAGUGAUAAGCGUGAUGAAGGAACAAUGGAGGAUUGGGAUCAAGAGACAUUGGAAAAGGUUGUGGAAUCAAAAGGGAAAGAGUAUAACCAGAAUAAACCAACUGACAUUGUUUGCAAGCAUUUUCUAGAAGCAGUGGAGAAGAAACAAUAUGGAUGGUUUUGGGUUUGUCCCAAUGGUAACAAAGAGUGUCAUUAUAGGCAUGCUCUUCCUCCAGGUUACAUUCUUAAGUCACAAAUGAAAGCACUUUUGGAAGAAGAAUCCAACAAGCUAGCUAUUGAGGAUGAAAUUGAAGAUCAGCGUGCAAAAGUGAAAACCACAACUCCAAUGACUACUGAACUAUUUAUGGAGUGGAAGAGGAAGAAGGUGGAAGAAAGAGAUGCUGGUUUGGCUGCUCAAAGAGCAGAGAGGGCUAAAAAUGACCGAAUGAGUGGUCGCGAGUUGUUUCUAUCUGAUGCUAGUGUGUUUGUGGAUGAUGCUGAGGCGUAUGAGAAGUAUCACCGAGAAGAAGAACCUGAUAAGGGACAAAAUGGUACUUCUACAGCUGGACCAAGCACAUCAACAAGCGUGGCUGAUAUUGACGAAGAAGAAGAUGAUGAUCUGGAUAUGGAUGAAUUGAAUGAACUGGAAGCAAGCUUGUCAAAAGCAUCUAUUCAAAUUAAAGAGCCCCAAAAAUAAAUCUAAUUUUUAUUUUUCUUAUCGAAUUUCAGAAGCU